GCACCAUUUCUCCCGGUUAAGUAGUGAAUUCUCGCGCGCUUGCGAGAUGAAACUAUUGGUGGUAUGAGAAAGUUAAGCCCAGUGGGAGGGGCUAUACAGUUAAAAGGGGCUGGUUUGGCCUGGGACGGGGUUCAGUCUGGGGAAGCUACAGAGCAGGUAGCACCUGUAAAGCCCAGUGAGAGUUGGUCUAAGCGUUAUGAUAUGUCAGAGUUAAUGAGGAACUCCAUUUGUUGUGAAUCCUUGUGUUACAGGGUAAACUAUUUAUGUUUCCAGUCUUUUUCCACUAUUUUCAUUUUUUGUUGUAAAUAGUUGUUUUUCACUUUGGGAGACCGGCAAAAUAAAAUAACGUCACUACUUCUCCGACUAUGCCUGUGUUUGUGGAGGUAUGAAGUAGAACCCCGCUACAUAUGGUGUCAGGAGUGGGAUGGCUAGUCGGGGAAAGACAAACCGCCUCCCAAAGCGGCGCACAGGAUUGCGUUCCCAGCAGCGACCGCGGUAUGAAGGAAUAGCAACCGCCAAUGCAGACCUGGCUUGGGAAACAGCUCUAUCAUCAGAGGACAACGAGGAGGAGGACGGGUUCUGGGUGCCUCCAGCAGCUCCUACGGCAGCAGCGACAGGUGGUCCAGGUGGAGAGCUACUGACAUUAAUGAGAGACUUUUUGGCAGGUCAGGAAAGAAGGGAGGAGGGUCUGUUGACAGAGCUCCGAGGUCUGAGGGCUUCUCUCCCGUUGACUGACCACCUGCCCCAACCUGCCACCCAGCCACCUCAAAAUGUGGUCCAAGUGUCGCAUACUCCCCACUUGCCAGUCACUGCUGAGACCUCAAGCAUAGUGACGGCAAGUAGCCCAAGACUUUACCUACCAACACCGGCACCCAGGCGUAUGCAGCAGUAUACCCCAUCACCGGCACCUUCUUUCCCGUUUCCCGACGCUAGCGGCAGACCGGAGCAGCCAAGACCAGAGUGGAGGCACUAUGCUGAGCCAAAAAUUCCGCCAUACCAGAUGGGUGAGGACAUUGAAAACUAUUUGUUGCGAUUUGAGCGCAUUGCCAAAACAUGGAAAUGGCCAGAGAGUGAGUGGGCAUGCCGGCUAGUUCCCCUGCUGGCGGGGAAGGCAUUGGAGGCCUACACCGCGAUGGACGAGGAUAGAGCCCACUCAUAUACGGACCUAAAAGCAGCGCUGCUGAUCAAAUUUGACAUUUCCCCAGAGACAUACCGGCAGCAGUUCCGGUCUGCUACGUUACCACAAGGCGAGAACCCCACCGAGACCUACCAUCGCCUGAAGGGCCUCUACCGGCGCUGGAUUCGGCCAGAGCAACACACCAAGGAGGAGAUUGGUGAGGCCAUCAUCUUGGAGCAGUUACUCCGGCUACUUCCCUAUGAGGUGAGGACCUGGGUGAAGGAGCAUGAGCCAGCAGAGGGCCUGGCAGCUGCCAAGCUGGCUCUACAGUACCUCAAUGCUCGCAGAGGAGGACCAGCUAUACGCUCCACCAGUGCAGCACCCCGACCAACACUCCAGCCGCCCCAGCCCAGGCCAACAAGGAGAGAGUAUGGCCAGGAGUUUCCAGGUAACACCAGUACUGCCCCAAACCAACGAGCAGCCGGUAAGGACUUGGUUUGUUAUUAUUGCCAGCAGCCGGGCCACAAAGCUGCUGUGUGUCCAGUCCGCGGAGCAAAGGUCACAGGCGCUUGCUAUGCACCGCGGGCAGAGGUUGGGCCCACGGGGGAAAUGGAAGCAAGAGUUCAGCGCUAUAAGACUGUCAUUGUUAAUGGUCAGCAGGUUACUGCUAUGUUGGACACUGGUAGCUUCAUGUCGCUGGUUAAACACAGUCUAGUGCCAGUAGGCAGAGUGGAUUACAGCAGACAGGCGGACAUUUUGUGUGUUCAUGGGGAUAAGCAUCCUUAUCCCAAAGCGGACUUAAUGGUGACCAUUGAUGAGCAGCCUUACCUGUUGACUGUUGGGGUGGUAAAGAACUUGCCAGUAGAUGCUAUCCUGGGAUGGGACUUACCAGUACUUCUGGACUUACUGCACAAAGAAGAACUGCCAGCGGAAACUGACUCUGGGGGGAAGGUCAAUGUGAAUGUUUACUGUCCUGUGACCACUCGAGCCCAAGCGAAAGCUGGUGUCCAACCACUCCCAGACCUUGACAGUAGUCUGUGUGAGGGUGGCACUAAGGGGCCAAAAAAAUCCCGUCGUCAACGCCGCUUUGAGAAGCAGCUAAGACCAACGGUACCGGAGAGCGCGGGUUUACUGUCCAAUAAAAUGUGGGAAGUACCUGAAAAUAUUUCUGUGUUGCAAAGGGGGGAUGAAACGUUGAAACCUUUGUUUGUGAAAAUGGGGAAUCAGACAAACGGGAACUGUGUGGCAAGGGAGAGGUUGAUUGUUGAUAAAGAUGUGUUGUAUACAAUUGAGGAUGACCAUAGACGCCUUGUAGUCCCUGCUAGCUGUAGAGCACUUGUCAUGCACCUAGCACACACACUCCCAUGGGCCGGACACCUAGGCCGCCACAAAACCUAUAUUCGCAUCAGUUCACGUUUUUAUUGGCCCUCCAUGUACACCGACAUUCAGAAAUAUUGCAGCACAUGCCCCACAUGUCAGAAAACCGCUACUGCUCGCAAGUCCGACCGGGCUUUUCUGCAGCCACUUCCUGUCAUUUCUGUUCCAUUCCGCAGGAUCGCUAUGGACAUUGUGGGCCCUCUGGUGAAAAGCAGUGGUGGUCACCAGUACAUCUUGGUGGUGUGUGAUUAUGCCACCCGUUUCCCAGAAGCCUUUCCCCUGCGCACCAUCACCGCACCCGCUGUUCUGCGGGCUUUGGUACAGCUGUUCUCCAGAGUGGGGAUUCCGGACGAGAUCCUGACGGACCAAGGGACCAAUUUCACCUCCAGGUUAAUGCAGCUGUUCCAUAAACAACUGGGCAUCUCAGCAAUCAAGACCACGCCAUACCAUCCACAGACUGACGGUCUUGUUGAAAGAUUCAAUCAGACGCUGAAGAGGAUGCUCCAGAAGUUUGUGGAGGACACUGGCAAGGACUGGGACCGAUGGCUACCAUUCCUGCUCUUCGCCUACCGAGAGGUUCCCCAGGCCUCAACAGGGUUCUCCCCAUUCGAGCUGCUAUAUGGAUGGGAGGUACAGGGACCGUUGGACCUGCUCCGAAAGGGAUGGGAGGCCCCUUCGACCACUCCAAGUGACAGGGGGGUGGUACAGUUUGUUCUUGAGAUGAGGGAGCGGCUGGCAAAAUACAAGGAGGAGGCAGAGGUCAACCUGCGUGAGGCCCAGAAAACCCAGAAGACCUGUAUGACCAACAGGCUCGGCACCUGGCAGGGGCCGUAUGUCAUCACCCGCAAGAUGGGCUUGGUCACCUACGAGGUCCAUCACCCAGAGAAGAGGAAAACAAAACAGACCUACCAUGUGAACUUACUAAAAGAGUGGAAGGAGCGUCCAAUCCAGGCCCCAGCAAAGGUUCUGCUGGUGAAGGAGGUGGAUGCAGAAGAGGAGGUGGAGACGGGGUUGGAAAGUCUAACCACAACUGCCAUUCCUGUGCUGGCACAUCUUGCACCGGAGCAAGCUACGCGGCUCCUGCGGAUCUUUCAGGAAGUUCCAUCACUUUUUGCUGCCAGUCCAGGGAAAACCACCAUUGUUGAGCAUGUCAUUCGCCUGAAGGAUGGACGACCAAUCCGCCAACGUCCCUACCGGGUCCCACAACAGCUGGUGGAAAAACUGGAGAAAGAGGUGGCGGAGAUGUUGAAGCUUGGGGUGAUUGAGCAUUCCAACUCAGAGUGGUGCAGUCCAGUGGUCAUUGUCUUCAAAAAGGAUGGGUCUCUCCGGAUAUGUAUUGAUUUCAGGAAGCUCAAUGCCAUCUCGGAGUUUGACGCCUACCCCAUGCCAAGAAUUGAUGAUUUGCUGGAGAAGAUCGGAGCUGCCAAGUACAUCACCACCCUCGAUCUGUGUAAGGGAUACUGGCAGGUGCCGCUGGAGGAGUCGUGCCGGCCAUACACAGCGUUCAGAACACCAGCUGGACUUUUCCAGUUUACAGUGAUGCCAUUUGGACUGCAUGGAGCCCCAGCCACCUUCCAGAGACUGAUGAACAGAGUCCUCCAGGGUUGUGACAACUGCAGCGCAGCUUAUCUGGAUGAUGUGGUGAUCUUCAGCAACACAUGGGCGGAGCAUACCCAGCACCUAUCACUGGUCCUGGGAAGGAUUCAGAAGGCUGGGUUGACACUCAACCCUUCCAAGUGUGAGUGGGCACGGCAGGAGACACGGUACCUGGGAUACCAACUCGGAAGAGGAGAGGUGCGGCCGCAAGUGGAUAAGGUGGAAGCUAUCCAAAACUGCCCUCGACCUCGCACCAAGAAGGAGGUAAGGUCCUUCCUGGGAUUGGCUGGCUGGUACAGACGGUUUGUGCCCCAGUUUGCAACCAUUGCAGCCCCACUAACAGCCCUGACCUGUAAGGAACAGAGGAACCCAGUAACCUGGUCAGACGACUGUGAAGCAGCCUUCUGCACCUUAAAAGCCUACCUGUGUUCUUCCCCUGUCCUAAAGAGUCCGGACUUCAACCAACCAUUUCUGGUACAGGUGGACGCCUCCACAGUCGGCCUUGGAGCAGUCCUGGCCCAAGGGGACCCUGGAGAGGAACAUCCAAUCCUGUACCUAAGCCGCAAGCUGCAGCCACGCGAGACCAGGUAUUCUACGGUGGAACAAGAGGGCCUGGCCAUAAAGUGGGCACUGGAAAGCCUGCAGUACUACUUGCUUGGGCGGGAGUUUGAUCUGGAAACUGACCACAGAGCUCUCACCUGGAUCAACUCCAUGAAGGACCACAACAGCCGCCUUACCCGAUGGUACCUCUCACUACAGCCUUUCAAGUUCACCAUCCGACACCGAUCGGGCAAGACCAAUGUUGUGGCAGAUUACCUUUCCAGGUUGCCGCACAUCGCCAACCUAGGGGAGGAGGGGGAUAAUGUGACGGAGCGGCUCUGUCACUGA